AAGCACGAUAGAAAGAUACCGUUGAAGAGGCACUACCAUCUGACUAACAACAACAAGACUGGCCCUGAGUUGUUCCAGUUUAUAUUAAUUUAAUUUGCUCCUAGGAGAAAUGCUUCACCUGUGAUAGUCCCACAGGAUCCCGCCAAGGUUCAUUGGAUCCUGAGAAUCGUUUCAGCCCAAAAGAAAACCAAGACCAAAAAUCUGAAAACAGCCCAAGAUCCCGCCACCAGCACCUCCAGGCCUGCAUCCUGGUCACGCUUUAGCAACCUACCAUCAGACCCCAACAAACACAAGGUUUCUAUCUGUGCGCUGGAAGGACAACACUACCUUGCAAGACAAGCUGGCAAUCAUGACUGAGCUGACCAGGCCAAAGUUGAUUGGGUUUGAUUUAGACUACACACUGUGGCCUUUCUGGGUGGACACUCAUGUUGAUCCUCCUUUUCAUAAGGACUGGAAGGGACAAGUAGUGGACAUGUACAACAAGAAGAUAAAAUAUUAUGCAGAGGUUCCAGAUGUUUUGAAAUGGCUUCACAAAGAGGGAUAUGUGCUGGCAGCUGUGUCCCGCACUGGAGAAAUUAAAGGGGCCAAUCAACUUCUUGAACUCUUUGACUGGGACAAAUACUUCACAUACAAGGAAAUUUAUCCUGGAUGCAAGAUAACUCAUUUUAAUCGAAUAAAAACCAAGUCAGGAGCAGAAUUCAGUGAAAUGCUGUUCUUUGACGACGAGCACAGAAACAAGCAUGACUUAGAUACCAUUGGUGUGCGCACAGUGAUUGUGGAUGAUGGCAUCACCAGGAAGCUUGUCAAGCAGGGUUUAGAAGAGUUUUCCAGGCAUUGAUAACUCUAUAUAAUGUGCAUCUAUUCAGUGGAUUGUUUCACACUUAUACUUGUAGGAUGUUUCUGUACCUGGGCUACAGAAGCUAGUUCAGUUUUGUGCAUCUUCUGAUCUUGAAACUACAAAAAAAAAAAAAAAUGGUUUUUAUAUCACUGCUUGGUACAUGAGGUGAUUUAGACCAUUUUCUCUGCUUUUAUCUCUCUUACCAUUAUUUACAGUACACAGCAUUAAAAGAUAGUAAUUUCAUGGAAGACUGUAUAAAAAGUAAUCGGUAAGAGUUAAAGUCAGUUUUACUAAAGCAAAGUCCACUAUAAUCCUUUUAGCAAGUCAAGUUUGCCAUCAGAUUUUCUAAUUUCAAGCGUGAAUUUAUCUCAGUGCUUAUUGAUUAAUUAACAGAAGUGUAAAUCAAAGUUGAAGAUCCUUAAUAUUCUGUGAGAUAAAACAUGUUAAUUACAAGGCAUGAUUGUUCAAGCAAUAGCAUGUCUCAGUACAGUGCAUGAAGUUCCAGGUUUGAAUCCCUGCUUACAAUUGAAAUUUUUCUGGGAUGACUUCUUUGAAUUUCACUAACCUAUACAUAGAUGAGUACCAGUUAGUGAUUGGGAAGACUGUGGAGAAAGGAACAGGUUGCCUUAUAUUAUGUCAUGGGUAUGACUUGCUUUAUUUAUUUAUUAAUUAUUUUUAAAAUCUUAUAAGUAAAACGGCUGGUCAGAAUCUCUUUUGCAUCUCUUGGUUUAUGCUAAAUUUUUAUAAGAUAAUUGACUCUGUAAAAUAAAUUAUGGUGGUUGAUGUUGAAAAUUCACCAGAAUAUGAAGCUGUAAGUAGAUGUUUAAUGAAGCAGAACAUAAGGAAGAACACUCUUUAUAUGCCAGAAUGUUGUGUGACUGAGAAGCUUAAUCUGCAUAGUUUCAUCUGGGCCAUGUUUAAAAGUGCUAGCCUCUGGGAAGUUUUUCAUUUUUUUUAUUUCUUAAUAUAUAUAUAUAUAUAUAUAUAUAUAUAUAUAUAUAUAUAUAUAUAUAUAUAUAUAUAUAUAUAUAUAUAUAUAUAUAUAUAUAUAUAUAUAUAUAUAUAUAUAUAUAUAUAUAUAUAUAUACACACACACACACACACACACACACACACACACACACACACAGGUAACCUUGGUUACCUAACGUCUCUUUCUGAACAACUCGGUUUUCGAACAAAGUUAUUUGAUUUCUAAUACUGCAAGAUGUAACUAAAACAGCCAUUUAUUAUUAAAUUGUUGUUUCUAUAAAUAUUUCCUUUAUUUUUAUAUAUUUGGAGGACUGAGACAGAGAGUAAGAUAGUAAUUUAAUCCUUGAAAUAAGUAAAAUGUGAUAACCGUUGAAGAAGUUCCUUGAAGUAAACAAACAAGGUUUGGCACUCAGGAGUAAAUCCAAGCCACCUGUGGCUCUCUCUAUGACCCACAAUACCAUCACUACUGCACAGCUGCAUUUUCCUAGUAGCUUUUCCCAGCAGCAAGAUGUCUAAGUGUUAAAAUCACUUUCAUUUUGGUGGUGAGUUGGUUGCUCCUCUCUGUGACACUCUAAGGCUUCCCUCACUUGAUCGGUGACAAAGAGAAUGCCUGCAUGGUCUAAACGAUAUCUUUUGAUGAGCUCUGUGUCACUAAGUUCAUCCAGUACAUCCUUUCUGGAUAAAAAAAAAUUCAGAGCUGGAGAUGUUGUAGAGCAGCCAUCUUAGCAGUGGGAGCGUUGGUCAUUACCCAUUAAGACAUGGUGGACCAGUGUCUGAGAAUGAAUUAAUGUAUUUUACAUUGAUUCCUAUGAGGAAAAUAAUUUCAGUUUUCAAACACCUAGUUUACAAAAAUGUUUUGUGGAAAAGAAUUAUUAUGUUUCAUCAUAAAGUUAUUGAAAAAAAAAUUGUAGUGUGUGUGUGUGUGAUUCACCUACAGUCCUCUGUUGGUCAUCCAGCUAGCCGUUUCCUCUACGGAAAGAGCUCAGAAGUCAUAGUGAUCGAUCUUUGGGUAGGACUGAGACCAAUGACACACCACACACCGGGACAGCGAGGUCACAACCCCUCGGGUUACAUCCUUUACCUACUUGCUGCUAGGUGAACAGGGGCUACACAUCAAGAGGCUCGCCCAUUUGCCUUGCCGCGCCCGGGAUUCGAAACUGGACCUUCUUGGUUGUGAACCGAGUGUGCUAACCAAUACACUACGCGGUGUGUGUGUGUGUGUGUGUGUGUGUGUGUGUGUGUGUGUGUGUGUUUUAUGUAAGAGAGACAUUGGCCAAAGGCAAAAAAAAAAAUCAAUAAAAAGAAAGGCCCAGUUCCCAUAGAGAUGUCAGACAGAAUAAAACAAAUAAAAAAAAAAACAGGAAAA